CCCGACUCGUUUUAGUAAUACCGAUAAAUGGACCAAUCAUUAAACACCGCCAUUGGCCACCCACCACCACCAUGUGAACGAACUCACCAAAACAAACACUCCCUCUUCUCUUUGUCGACAACCAAAUUUCCUUAUUCUGAACAAAAAGCUUCUAUAUAUGAAUCUUCAACAGUAUACUCCUUCUUUUCAUCUCACAUAAACAAAUUCAAAAAAAAUGCAAACAAAUUUCCCAAAAACCCCUCAACUCUUUUCCUUAAUCCCAAAACACCACCACCAAGCUUUCUGUAAGAUCGUUUCCUGUGCCAACAAUUCUUCUUCUUCUUCUUCUUCUUCUUCAGAGAACAAGAAUGGUUUCAAGCUUAUGCGCCAGUCUUUUGGUGAUAUGAAAUUGCGUCUAAAUGACUUCGAUCGCAGUUCGAUGCAAGAUGCUUUAAACAUUUGGGUAUCAAAAACAACGAACUUUUUUAGCGAAGUGGCAUCUCCACUUGUGAAGAAUGUUCAAGAUAAAAACCCUACAAAAAUGGGAAACGCAUAUGAGAUCGAUGACAUGGAGGAAUUCUUCAUGGCGGAGCAGACUGUUGAUAGCAGAACAGCCGGUGGUGAUCUUUCUUUGGCUGCCAUUGUUUCCAUUGAGCAGUUUAGCAGGAUGAAUGGAUUAACUGGGAAGAAAAUGCAAAGAAUCUUUAAAGCACUUGUCCCUCAAUACGUGUCUAAUGAUGCACGUAAUUUGGUUGAAUAUUGUUGCUUUAGAUUCUUAUCAAGAGAUAGUUCGGAAAUUCAUCCUUGCCUUAAGGAUCCAGCAUUCCAAAGACUUGUAUAUAUAACCAUGCUUGCAUGGGAGCACCCGUACGCAAAUAAGAAGGAUUCUUGGAGUAAUAUUGGAGAGAAAGCUUCAUUUCAGGUUCACUUUUCUAGGAAGCUUGUAGGAGAAGAGGCUUUUGUCCGAAUUGCCCCUGCUAUUUCAGGCCUAGCAGAUUGGGCAACAGUGCAUAAUCUUUUCAAGGCUCUUGCUGGUGAUCAAAGAAGCAUCUCAUUUCAUGCAUUUUCCAAAUAUAUCAAUGAACUUCUCAAAGUGUAUGAAGGAAGGAAAUCAUAUCUUCCAAAAGGAACUCCUCAUAUUUCAACAGAGAGAAUCUUAUGCCUUGGAUCUAGCAGAAAGAGACCUGUUCUUAAAUGGGAAAAUAACAUUGCAUGGCCUGGAAAACUAACACUCACUGACAAAGCACUUUACUAUGAGGCAAUUGGAUUGAAAGGCCAAGGGGAUGUUAUUAGAAUGGAUCUUACAAGACCCGGGUCACGGGUCGAAAAAACACGGGUCGGCCCAUUCGGGUCGGAUCUUUUUGAUUCUGCCAUUUCUGUUACCUCUGGUCCCGAAUUAAAGCCAUGGGUACUUGAAUUUGUUGAUUUGGGAGGUGAAAUGAGGCGAGAUGUAUGGUAUGCUUUUGUUAAAGAAGUCAUUUCUUUAUACCAAUUCAUAAGAGACUUUGGACCUAAAGAAGGUGAUCAAUCCAUACACCAUGUUUAUGGUGCUCAAAAGGGCAAUAAACGUGCCACAUCUUAUGCCAUUAAUGGCAUUGCAAGACUCCAAGCUCUUCAAUUUAGUAGAAAACUCUUAGAUGAGCCUACAAAACUUGUCCUCUUUUCAUAUUUACAAAACGCACCCUUUGGAGAAAUCGUUUGUCAAACUUUAGCAGUAAAUUGUUGGGGUGGACAAUUGACUUCAAGAUUUACAAAGAUUGAGUCAUCUUCGAAUGAAGGAGCUUAUAGUAGUAGUCAUGUGUUUGAUAUUGAUGGAGGUGUUUAUUUAAGGAAGUGGAUGAGACAUUCUUCAUGGAGUUCUAGUAGUUCGGUUGCUUUUUGGAAGAAUAGUUUGAUGAAACAUGCACUUGUUUUGAGUAAAAAUCUUGUGGUUGCGGAUAAAAUGUUGGUUGAAAAAGCAUCAACAAUAUUUCGGGAAAAAUACGCGGAAGUUGAAAAGACACAAGCUACAAUUGAUGCUGCCAUGAUUGAAGGGAUUCCUAGUAAUAUUGACCUUUUCAAGGAGCUCAUACUUCCUUUAACAUUCAUUGCAAAAAACUUUGGAAAACUUCGACGUUGGGAAGAACCACAUUUGACCACAUCUUUUCUUGCAUUUUUAUACGCACUCAUCUUCAGGAAUUUGUUAUCUUAUGUGUUCCCAAUGACAUUGAUAAUUUUGGCAUCAAGCAUGUUAGUAUUGAAGGGGUUGAAAGAGCAAGGGCGCCUUGGAAGAACAUUUGGGAUUGUUACUAUACGUGAUCAACCACCUUCUAACACCAUUGAAAAAAUCAUAGCUGUUAAAGAAGCCAUGCGUGAUGUGGAAAAAUAUAUGCAAAAUAUUAACGUUUCUCUUCUAAAAAUUCGCACUAUUCUUCUUGCAGGCCAACCACAGAUAACAAUGGAAGUUGCCAUGGUACUUUUGUUGGGUUCUGUGGUUCUCCUUACUAUACCUUUCAAAUAUGUUCUUUCCUUUCUUGUACUUGAUCUUUUCACACAAGAACUUGAGUUCAGGAAAGAAAUGGUUAUAAAGCUCAAAAGCUUUUUAAAAGCUCGUUGGGACACAGUGCCUGCUGCCCCUGUUUCAGUGUUGCCAUUUGAUGACAAAGAUGCCAAAAGUCAAAACAAGGAAACAAAUGACUUUCCAAAAUUAGAAAGAACUCAGGAUAAGCAGUAAAGUCAAAAUCCAUUUAUCGUGUUGUAACUUUUACUCGAUAAUAUUUGUACAGAGAUUGUUUUCGUUCAUAGAAUUUAGGUAGCAUGAUUAUACUGUAC